AUGAAAUACACAGUCGCUCUUCUGCUGUGCGCGGCCGUCGGCGCCCAUGCGCGCUACUUCCAGGCCACUAAGGAUGUGGAGCAGGGAGAGGACUACCUGUGGGACGACUCGCACGCCGAGGAGCCCAAGCGCUGGACGGGGCCCAUCCACGUGCCUGUGAUCAAGAACGGAGUGCCGACCGAGACGCCGGAAGUGCAGAAGGCCAGGGCGCACCUGGAGCAGAAGCUGGCCGAGGUCAAGAAGCAUCCGGGAUACCAGGAGAAGGAGGAGGAGCAGCACUCCGGCUGGAAGCCGCCUGCUCUGGCGAAGCCCGUGAAGCUGUAUCACUUCGAGAAGGCGCAGAGCGCAGGACUCAGAUGGACUGGGCCUGUGCACGUGCCCGUGAUUGAGAACGGCGUGCCGACCGAGACGCCCGAAGUGCGCCACGCCAAGAACCAACUUCUGCAGAAGCACGCCGAGGCGAGCCAGCACUCCGACUCGGAGGCACAGCAGGGAGACUGGCAGCACUACGAGGUUCACGAGGAGCCCGCGCACGCCGCGCAACGCUGGACGGGCCCCGUGCAUGUGCCGGUGCUGCUGAACGGAGUGCCCACGGAGACGCCGGAGGUGCAGAAGGCCAGAGCGCAGCACGAGCAGAAGAUCUCCGAGGCCAGGAGCCACCCGGACUUCAACGACGCAUGGCGAGAGGAGGAGCACGCUGCCCGAUUUGUGGAGGCCAAGAAUGAGCGCCACUGGAAAGCCGCUCAACGUUCCGGAGCUCACAAGUCGUUUUACUGAUCACGCGACGGCGCCUCGCGAUAAUCUAAGAAAUAAAUGAGAUUCUCUGUAAUUACUUGUUUCACUGAAAUAUUUCAACUUGUGCCUUCUAUCUCAGAAAUUAGGGAGAGUACGAAAUAAUUAAUUUUCUUAUUGUUUAAUUAUAU